GCGCUUCCCGCCGGCUCCCUCGGGACUUACCGGGAGUCAGGAGCCGCUGCAGCCCCCGGCGGCCGCCGGAGCCCCGCUCGCGGCAGGAGAGGCUGACGAGGUGAGAGCGCGGCGGAGGGACGGACAGCAGCGGGGCAGUGGCUGCCUUAGAGCUGCAGAGAAAUCUACAGAAGGUUUCUUCCUCCUGGCCAAUGCACUCUACCGCUCUGUGCCGUGGUUUUGCUGUCUCCUGGCUCCAAGGGCUCCUCUCGCCAUGAGCUCCUUCGAGGAGGCCGAAACAGAGGAGACAGUGACGUGCCUCCACCUGACCUUCUACCACCCCGGGCAGGGUGAGAAGAUGAUGUUCCGCUGCCUGGAUUUCUGCAGGCGGCAGCAGCUGCGGGCGGACGACACGGCCAAGUUCGGCCGCGACUCCAGCCUGUGCCGCUACAGCCUGGUAGACACGCGCGUCUCCCGCAUCCAGUUCUCCCUGCAGUUCUACAGGAAGCUCCACAGCUCUGAGUACACCUUUGAGAUCAAGAACCUGAGCAAGAAAACGAAACUGACCGUCAACCAAACGGAGCUGGGUUACUUGAACAAAAUCGACCUGCCCUGGAAGUGCAUCAUCUGCUUUGGGGACUACCAGAUCCUGGCGGAGAUUCAAGAAGGAGAGGCCAUGGAUUAUUUUGAGACUCACUUGCACUUGGCUGAAGCACCCAUCUUACAAGAAAGGUGCCUGCCGUCCCUGCAGCCUAUACCUGAGAAUGGCAUUUCUCCUUCCUUUCUUCUUGGCCAAGGCAAAAGCCCCACAGAGAUUGAUGAGAACGAGCUGUGCUAGCGGGGAGAAGGAGGCUGGAUCAGGUUUUCUAGCCUCGAGCACACACAGCUCUCAGCCCAGUGUUCUUGGUGGUGCUCACUGACUGAUGCACAUCAGUCUUCUUUACUUGGUGUUAUCAGCACAGGCAUUCCAGAGCACUGCUCCCUCCACAGGAAUGGAUUCCUGACACUGCCUUCUCGGAGGGCUCUCUGAUGCCCAGAAAGGUGUGGGAGACGAGGGGUCACUCAAAUCCACAGAAUCCCAGAACUGUGGCCACGUGCCUUGGAGGGAUAUUUAACAGGGAUUAAUACAGAGCGUGCACAGCAGGGUUUUGGUCCCAGCCAGGGGGUGACACAGUGUCUUGUUGCAUGUUUUAUUUUGUGCUCUGCUUUGCACACCAAAUCCCAAACCGUAUUUUUUGCAAGCCUAGGUUGUGACUUCAUAGAUUUUGAACUUAGAAACACUUUGUCCUUUUAUGUUUUUAUUAGCUUCAAAGCAAGGUUUCUUUUUUAUUUUCACUUAUUUAAUUAACAUAUAUAUAUAUAUAUUUUUGCAAGUUAACUACUUUUGCUUGUGACAUAGACAAAUACGUAGCAUCAAUGAUC